UUGAUUCCGUUCCACAUCUAUUAGGGACGUUGGCUGUAAUAGCCAUUCCGAUCUUUAAGCACGGAUUAGGGAUUCCCUCCCAAUUCGUUACCAUCUUUUCCAUUUUCUGCCCUCGUCCACUCCGACGUUUCGCAAGAUGACAACAUUGAAAGCCAAAAGGAGGGCGAGAGCAGUGGAAAUAGAAAGGAAAAAUGAGCUUAAAACAUCACCAAAACUCCAACUCCGCAGCAGCUGCUUAAUCUCUCUCUUUUGAUGACAUUGCCGACUUCUUCUCUCUUCCCCUUAUCGACGUGCUUCCACUCUUGGCGUUUGCACCUCUGUUCUCAAGAAAAUCUGCCGUGAAAAUGGUCUCAACAGAUGGCCUCACCGCUAGCCGGAUGCAGGUUUAGCUGCAGCUAUACUGAUGCAGAACCUCAGCAGGAUAUCUAUGCUAAGGGAGAUGAAUAUCACAAAUUUAGAGAGAGUGCCAAAGAACAUCGGGAUUCUAUGAGAUCUUAUUUUAAGAAGGCUGCUACUGCAUGUUCAAAGGGAGAGUUAGAGUACGCGGCUUAUCUUUCUGAUCAGGGAAAGAUACAGACUAAAUUGGCACGGGAAGCAGAUGAAAGGGCAAGCCAGAAUAUAUUUAAAGCUAGGAACAAAGGCUUUGAAAAUGUGAUAACAAUUGAUUUGCAUGGGCAACAUGUCAAACAAGCAAUGAGACUGUAAAUUGAUCUGUCAACUCUCUUUCCUCCUUAGGUAGGUGGAAGCUUCUUGAAGAUGAAGCUUCCGUGUUACUGUACGUUGAGUUUAGCAAAAUCAUGUAUCUGACUCAGUUAUUGGUAAUGGCAAAGACUCAUGAUAGACUGUAAAUUCUUAUCAACAAAGAUAGAGUUGCUGCGUUCUUUUACUUUCAUUAGAAACUCGGUUUGGUAUGGAGCAUCUUUCCUACUGUAGGUAACCUAUUUGUUUGACAAGAAGGAAGAAUGGUUGGGGAUUGUUUUGCUUGAAGCGUUGCAGAAUGGCGCGGCAGUGCUAGAUUUAAAGAAGUUGGAAAAUCUAUUUUAUUAUAUUUUUGAUACUUAAAGUUGGGGAGUUUCCAGUGACACCCUAGUUGUUCUAUCUUCGAUUUUGUUGCUGGCAUGAGUUGAUUUGUUUAGCAUUUUAUAGAAUAGAUGAAUUAGUCAUAUUGUAUCUGUUACGUGGAUUAUGGUUCAUGGCUUUAUCUUACAAUAAUCCUUGUAUUAACCUAUUCAUCCAACGAUAAUUUCUUGUUCUGUUGGAUUCAUCCAA